UCUAGACCACCCAUUAUAAUCCAAAGAGUUAUAUAAAAGGCCAAAAACACACAUCUCCACCACCGCCUGUUCUCUCCAUCACCGCCUGACCACCGCCACUCCUUUGCCCAUUGAACACACACACACACACACACACACACAUCUCUAUUCUAUCUAUCUAUCUAGAUCCGCUGAAGAAAGAUUCGCCGGAAAGCUCGCCGGAAAGGGGUUUCAGUAGGAAAAAGUUUUCAACGACCAUAAUGGACUCUGAACCAAGAAGAAGUGGAUCGUUUAGUAGAAUUACAAAUUCUUCUUUUAGACGCCCGUCUUUCAAUUUUUCAGGAGGUGGCCACCAUGAAGCUGACGAUGACAGUGUCUCAGAGGCCGGAGAUAUUGGAGAAAGGGAACUUAAUAGUAAAAGGUAUAGUGGGAGUGGCAGGUCCAGGUUCUCUUUUGAUAAUCUUGCAGAACGUCCGAUAGUUCCCGUUGAAAAAGAAUCACAACUUCCAACUGCCUCACCGGAUCCAAUACUGCGUGACAAAGAGCAGAAUGAAGAGUGCAAAAAAGAGUUGCCAUGGUUCUUGACGUAUGCGUCGUCACGUAUUCAUCUUGCUGUACUUGGCAUUCUUGGGGUAUUGACAAGGUACCUACUGGAAAAAUUAUUUGGUCCAGACGUGGGUGGUGCCACAAGUGAUCAGAGCUAUAUGUAUGUUGAUCUUCCUCCCAAUAUGGUUGGUUCAUUCUUGAUGGGUUGGUUUGGUACUGUUUUCAAAGGAGAUAUUUCCAAAUUUUCCCCUGAGUUAGCUGUCGGGUUGACAACAGGUUACCUGGGUAGUCUCACCACAUUUAGUGGCUGGAAUCAGAAAAUGCUUGAGCUUAGUGUUAACGAUCGCUGGCUAUUCUCUGUGCUUGGUUUUUUGAUAGGUUUAUCUCUGGUUUUCUGUUCCUUCAUAUACGGGGUUGGGACUGCUAAGGUUUUCAGGCGUGCUUUAAUCAGGACAAACCUAGGUUCCAAGUGUUAUCUCUAUAAAGUAAAUAAUGUCAUGAGUCAAAGUAUAUUAAUAGUGGUGAUGGUAAUUCUGUGGGGAUUGCUAUUGGGUGUGAGUGUCGCUUUGCUAAAGAAAGAUUUUAAUGGUGAUAGCAGUACAGGUUACUUGUGGUUCGGUUGUAUAGUUGGACCAAUUGGUGUAUGGAUCAGGUUUUAUCUAGCAAAACUCAAUGGACAGGGUUUAGGAAAUACAGAGAUUAUGAAAUGGAUGCCUUUUGGAACAUUAAUUGCCAAUGUAGCUGCUUCAUGUAUCAUGGCAACCUUUGCAACAUUGAAGAAAGACGUGAAGAGAGAACAUUUUGAUAAUGUGGCAACAGGCAUACAAUUCGGUUUAUGUGGUUGUUUGAGUACUGUUUCUACCUUCAUUGCUGAGUUUGGUGCCAUGAUAGAUAGCACACAUCCUUGGCGAGCAUGUGUAUAUGCAUUGACUACUAUAAUUCUAUCGUUUACACUGGGCACCCUCAUUUACUCGGUUCCUGUAUGGAUCAAAGGCUGGUCAUAGUCAGGUAGGUAUCUUUUUAUUUGCCAUAACAAAUAUACCUUUGAGCUUCACCACUAUUUGGUUCGCUCCUGAGUGAAUUCCAAUUAAAAUCAACCCCGAGUAGCUUGACUCAAAAUGAUGCUGAUGAAGUUGUGAGCUGAUAAUGGUGAUCUAUUGGCCGGAUGACAACAAGAAGGCUCGUCAAGUAUUAUACUGCUUAAUCGUAGUGGCUAUGAAUCUGUAGCUACAUGAAGAAUGGUAUUGUUAGGACUUUUAAUUUAUAGAGAAAGUGGUGCCAUUUGGCGAUACUGAAAUGAACUGCUGUAUACAUGGCUUUCCACAAGCUUCUGUAGAUGUACUGAUGUACCAUACCCUGUUACUGUGAUAACUGAGAUACUCCAAGUCUCCAAGUCAUCUGUAUAUUGUUGGUAUGGGGAACACCAAACCCCUACUUUGGUGAUUGGAGAGACUUACAGCCUAUUUGUUUGAUAUUUCUGGUUUUCUUAAGCACAAUUUGUAUAUUACUGAGUUUGAAAAUCAGAGGCUAUGUGAUUUGUAGCUUGACUGUCGGCACAAUUAAAGGAUUGUAAAGUUUUGGGAAUAUAUAUUAUUAUUAUUUACAUUC